AUGCAUCACGACCCCAACCCCUUCGACGAGGGCACCGCCGGCGACGAGAACCCCUUCUCGAAUGGAGGAGGCCGUGGCGGGAAGCAGCAGCACGGCUUCCGGCCCACCGAGCCCGUCGGCUUCGGCGGCGGCGGCAGCAGGGGCGACGCCACCGUCGACGUGCCGCUCGGCAACAUGGGCGACUCGAAUGGCAAGGCGAGGGAGCUCUCGUCGUGGGAAUCAGAUCUGAGGCGCCGUGAGGCGGAUAUCAAAAGGAGGGAGGAAUCACUGAAGAAUGCUGGAGUGCCCAUGGAGGAGAAGAAUUGGCCGCCUUUUUUCCCGAUUAUCCACCAUGACAUCGCCAAUGAGAUACCUGCCAACGUGCAGAAGCUACAGUAUCUGGCGUUCGCAAGCUGGCUUGGAAUUGUGCUCUGCCUCUCCUGGAACUUUAUUGCUGUCAUAGUCUGCUGGAUCAAGGAGGGAGAUUCAAAGCUGUUCUUCCUUGCUACAAUCUAUGCUUUGCUUGGAAUUCCCCUUUCUUACUUGAUGUGGUAUAGACCCCUCUAUCGUGCAAUGAGAACUAACAGUGCAUUCAGUUUUGGAUGGUUUUUCCUGUGUUACCUGAUCCACAUUGGUUUUUGCAUAAUUGCUGCCAUUGCUCCGCCAAUCGUAUUCCAAGGGAAAUCAUUAACGGGCAUAUUGGCUGCGAUCGACACUUUCUCUGAGCAUGUGAUAAUUGGGAUCUUUUACUUCGUGGGGUUUGCACUAUUUUGCUUGGAGACACUGCUGAGCAUCGGGGUUCUUCAGGUCAGAGACAAUUUCGGCACGGAAUGCAGGGACUAG